AGCAUAUUUUGCGCAUGACAAAAUAAUUUCACAAUUGAUAUAUUCAAUUUCUAUAUUUUUAACUGUCUUAAUUGGCUAAACUGAUAUAAUUUCCACAUUUGUUUUGAGCUUUCUUAAACCACGUGAUUUUUUGCGGAAGUGACGCGGUUUGCUCAAAAGAGUUCAGCUGCAUCUGGGAGCAAAACCCCAGCUAGCUUAAUUUCAUUUUCACCAAAGGAUCAAAGGUGGGGAAUAACCGGCAGCUCAAUCCGCGAAACAAUCUGAGAAGUGACCACAAUGAAUCCGGUGUACAGCCCUGCGCCAACAGGGGUCCCCUUUACCAAUACUAAAGGCAUAGGAUAUCCAGCUGGUUUCCCUGUUGGUUAUGCAGCAGCACCUCCCACAUACACUCCCAGUGUCUAUCCUGGUGCCAGCCCAGCAUUCCCCAGUGGUGAGAAUCAUACAUUUUACCUGAAAUAUCAACAGCAUUUUAAAUACUAUUACUCAUGUAUUUAUAUGUCCCGUGAGUGCAGUCUUAUAAUUGUUACUUUUCAUGUCAAACGCUGUACUUUAAUUACAGGAUACUCUCCAGGCACUCCUUUUAAAAUGACCUGUUCUCCAAACACUGGGACCGUGCCUCCUUAUACGUCCUCACCAAAUCCUUAUCCGGCUGCUGUGUAUCCCGUCAGGAGCACCUACCCCCAACAGAACCCUUAUGCUCAGGCAUUAAUACCUUCACAACAACAAGGCACUUACUACACACAGCCACUGUACGCUGCUCCGCCUCAUGUCAUACAUCACACGACAGUUGUCCAGCCCAAUGGGAUGCCAGCAACCAUGUUUGCCCCGCCCAUCCCUCCCCCUCAUCGCAAUGGGGUCCCCAUGGGAAUGGUUGCGGGCACGACUAUGGCCAUGUCGGCAGGAACAUUGUUGACCACUCCUUCACCAGCGCCUGUUGCACCCCACCCGGUCACAAUGCCAACAUAUCGGCCUCCGGGCACACCCAGCUACAGCUAUGUGCCCCCACAGUGGUGAACUGAGGGGUCAAUGGAUGGUAGUUAUGCAUUCACACUAUACUCCAGUGUUUUUGCUUUUGGUGAAGACAGCCCAGCCACUGUCUGAAGCCAAUUGCUCUUCUUCCAGCAUAAUGUGAAUCUUAAACCCUAUAUAUCAUAGAAAGAGUCCCAUUUUAAAAAGGAAAAGGGGGAAAUUGGAUGAUGACGUGACCCCGGUUAAUGAGAUAAGGCUGCAUUCCUAAACUACUCUCCCAACGCCAGCACCUCUAGAGCCUGCUGCAUAUCACAUAUAACAAAGCUCCGUGCUAACCCUUUUGUGCUCUGUCAUGAGAGUUUUGAAGCUUAAUCCUUUUAGCAUUGAAAAUAGAGUUUGGAUCUGGAUUUUGUUACAUAAUACAUUACAUUACUCUUUGGGAACACAUAUGAUGCUGAAUGCAUGUGUAUAUACAGUAUAUAGGCACAUGGAAUAAUGCUAGCUCAAUCUACCUGCUGUGACAGAUGCAAAGUGAACAAAAGGCACACAUCCAAAGGAACUAGAGUAAUAAUCUGCGAUGCUGAAUCACUCAUAACCAUGUCUUAAUGUGAAAAGAAGAGGACAUAAAAUGUUAGCUCAUGCAAAAACAUUCCUGCACUAAAAGUGCAGACUAAACUGUAAUUUCACUGCUUUGUGAUUUAGAAAGUGAUGGUAGGUUUUAAUUAUUAUUUUUUCAGUGAUGCAGUGUAUGCAUUUGUCUUAUCAUUUUUGUAUUUUAGGAAAAAGAUGGGACCUUUGAGUUUGUGCCUCUUUGAUGGCCAUUACGUAAUCAUUAAGUGUUUAAAUGUUUUAUUUUUCACUAUUUUAUAGAAGAUUUAAUUCCACACGUCAUAUGCAGCUUUUUUGCCAGAAACACAUUUUGAUGACAAUUUGCUUUUAUAACCAAAAGUAUUCUUUGUAGGAAAAUGUUGAUCAAGUUUUUGGAGGUCUUUUGCACCAUGUCAGUGAGUGUGAAUGAGCAACAGUAGCCUUGUGUGAGUAUGAGUUAAAAAAUAAAAUAAAACCAUUAAAUGGUGCCAUACAGUGCAACUUGCCUAGAAAGAUAGACCUAUGUUACCUGUGUCAAUAAUAACCAAUGCAUUCUUGAUAGAUGGGCCUAAGGUCUAAGCAUAAACUGUUAAUAUGAAACUCAUGUGUGAAUAGCACUACUGAAUAAAGACACUAAUUUAAACACAUGUGUAAAACACCAAACAUUUUGCAUUGCUCGCUGUUUACCUCAAGGUACCAGGCUAACUCACCAAGAUCACUGUCUCCAGACUAGCUUUUCUAUGUUGCCUCAGUCACCUCGGUUAAAAUCUGUUUUGUAAAUGUUAUUUUUGUGAUUUCGGUUCUUGUUUUGUAUUCUAAAGAAAGACCAAAAAUAAAAAUAAAAUGUUAAAAAAUAUUGAA